AGAGUUCUACAGAAUGAUAAGGCGACCCUGUCUAGCGGUUACACGUUAUCUAGGAUAAGCCAUGCUGGUCAAUUACAGGUGUCAUGACAACAUUGGGGCUGCUUCUUUUGUUGGCUGGGUCGGUGGGUGGCGCCGGUAUACACGAUGCGCUGACUAAGGGACUGUGUCUGUGUGUGGCGGACAACGACAUCUAUGCCAGGGACGGACCUGGCGAGGAACACAAGGUGGUAGCGGUCCUACGCCAGGACGACUGCUUUCUCUCAAAGGGAGGCUACCUCCAUAUUUUUGGCGCCACGUGGUAUGAACUGCUUAACGUCCAAAACCAGGUGGGAUGGGUUAACGCCUACCACCUCCGUGUUAAGGACAGGACCGCGUGCGCAGGGUCAGCUACCGUCAGCUCCACCCCUUUCUCCAUCACCGGCUCUGAUCCGUUCUCCGGGGGGGACAUUUUCAGGGCGGGAACCUGCACGGAGGGCGGAAUGUGCAAAGAACAUCAAGUACAUGACCAGGCCUAGCAGCCCCAUCCAGGAGUAGUCCGUGGGGCAGUAACCAUGGGCCCACACUGUCCCAGGGGUCAAGGGGUCAGAGUCACACCGACCUUGACCCGCACCAUCUGUCAGAAAAUGCCAGGAAAGAGGAAAAGAACAUCAACUAUUAGAAGUGAGAGACAGAGCGAGGAAAGGGAGGAGUCCCCAGCCCCAACAUCGCAGAAACGGAAGCGGAAAGCCCAAUAUGACCCUGUUGAGAUCUGUCAGGAGUUGUAUGAGACCAUCAAGACUUACAAGGGCGAGGAUGGGCGGCUCGUCUGUGAAACGUUUAUUCGAGUUCCUCAGAGGAGAGCUGCUGCGGAUUACUAUGAAGUAGUAGCGACACCCAUCGACCUGCGUAAAAUACAACAGAAGCUGAAAAUGGAGGAAUAUGAGGAUAUAGACCAGCUGACCACAGAUGUAGAGCUCCUAGUCAGCAAUGCCAAGCUGUAUUACAAGAAAUCCUCUCAAGAAUACAAGGAUGCAGUAGAAUUGUUGGAAAUUUACCACGAGACAAAAAGCGAGCUGUUAAACGAAGCGUUUGGUGAACCGGAACAACCGAGGGUGGAGCGACGACGCAGCACAAGACAGGCUGCACAGGAAGUGGACGAGGAUGAGGAGGAGGAUGAUGCACCUGUAGAGAAGCAGUCAGAGGACGUGAAGGAUGACCCUCAGGAAAUAGAGGAACUGUUUGCUGCAGCCAUGAACGCUAGAGACGGAGACCGAGAUAUCAGUCUUGUGUUCCAGCUACUGCCUCAAAGAUCUAAAUAUCCAGAGUACUAUAAGAUCAUCAAGAACCCGAUCGACAUGAAGAUGAUUGCUCAGAAAAUCCAAGGAAACAUGUACAAUACAUUGAAUGAGAUCGAGAGAGAUUUCUUCUUGAUGGUGAAAAAUGCCAGAACAUUUAAUGAGCCAAAGUCUGUCAUCUAUAAGGAUGCAGUGGAAAUGAAAAGAAUUGUUCAGAAGAAGAAACAGGAAAUAAUACAGAGAAAAAGCAUGGUGCCAAAGCCACCAGAGAGAGUGAGAACAAGAAACCUACAGAAGAUGUCAGCAAUUUGUGCUGCACUGAAAUAUCCGUCAGAUGAUGAAGACGAUGAAGCAUCAUUGGAUGCGAGUCUGAUGGAUUACGAUGAUGAUUCCGGAGCGGAGACAAUAAUGUCAGAGGACGAUAAUCUGUACGUGAUGCUGCUGAAUGCCGUCAAAAACUACAAGCUGCCAUCAGGGGAGACCGUCCAUGAGCCAUUCAUUAAACUUCCCAGUAAAAGGUUUUACCCAGAUUACUACGAGGAGAUUGUGAGGCCCAUGUCUCUAUCCAACGUACGCAAGAAGAUCAAGUUUAACCAGUACAGAAAUCUGGAAGAAGUAGCUGCAGACCUAAACCUUGUGUUUGACAAUGCCAGGCAGUACAAUGCUGACGACUCCCUGCUCUAUCAGCAUGCCGUGAUUCUCCAGAAAGUGAUGAUUGACAAAAAGCGGGAGCUAGAACGACUGGAGACCAACAAGGACUUAGGACUCGAUGACAUGUCCUCCUCUCAGUUUGAUAUUCCUGUGAUGAAGAUCUCGCGCGACUAUUUUGAUGAGGACAGCCAGAUGAGUUCCUCUAGUAAACAGCGGAGGAGUGGCGGGCUGUCGGACAGUGACAAGAAGCGGGCCAAGCGGGCAACCCCGGAGGAGAUGAUGAAGAGGAGGCUGUGGACACUGUAUAGAUCCGUGUUUGAUGCCACUUACCCCAGUGAACAGCACAUCAUUAAUGACUUUGAGCUGAUGUUCAACAAUGCGCGUCUCUACAACGAGGAAGACUCGCUCGUUUACCAGGACGCGGAUCAACUUGAGCGAGUCCUGAAGACCCGGUGGAAGCAGGUUUGCCAUGUGAUUGAGUCGCGCCGAGCCGCGCUCAGCAAAAGGUACCAUCGACACAAGGCCAAGUCUCAGACUCUGUUACCAGUCAGACUCCAGGAAAUGUACGACGCGGUCAGCAACUACCAGGACCCCAAAGGUCGCGACCUUGCCCUGCCCUUCCUCAAGCUGCCACUCAAAACGGACUAUCCCGACUAUUAUGAGGUGAUCAAGAAACCGAUAGACAUGCAGAAGAUUCUGUUAAAGAUGCAGCAGAAUCAGUAUGAAUCCAUAGAAGACAUGACCGCCGACUUUGUACAGAUGUUUGACAACGCCUGUAAAUAUAAUGAGCCUGACUCGCUCAUUUACAAGGAUGCCCUGACCUUACAACGUCUGGUCCUGGAGAAAAAGAUGGAGCUGGCGGAUGAUGGAACCAAUGAUGUGCCAGACGUCAGAGCCCUGGUGAUGGAAAUGAUGACCAAUCUAUUUAUAUCUACCUACAAUCACCAGGAUGAAGAGGGCCGUUGCUACAGUGAUUCCUUUGCAGAACUCCCUGAAAGAGACCCAGAUGAAGAUUUGGAGACAUCAAAACAGAGAGAGAAACCCCUAUCCUUUGAUCAAAUCAAAAGAAAUGUAGAAAAGGGUCGCUACAUUCGUAUGGAUCGGUUCCAGGAAGACAUGUUUAAAGUGUUUGAGCGCGCUCGGAGGCUCAGUCGCACAGACUCUCAACUUUAUGAAGAUGCAGUGGAAAUGCAGAUGUUUUUCAUCAAGCAGCGAGAUGAGAUUUGCCGUAAUGGAGAGCGACUCUUGACCCCGGCCCUGAGUUACCAGGAGAAACAUCUGACUGUGGCACUCGAUGCGGAGAAACAGAGCAAACUGGAGCAGGAACAGAAAGAGGACGAAGACAAACAGUCCAAGAGGGAAUCAGAGGAGAGGAUCCUGGAUCCAGAUAGUUCUGAGAAAGAAGGAGAGGAUUGUUUUAAGUACAAGGAUGAGACGUUCCGAGUGGGGGACUUUGUUUACAUAGAGCCCAGAGAAAAGGGGCUAGAGGCUCAUAUAAUGUGUGUUGAGAAGUUGUACACAGACAACAAUGCACAGGAACAUCUCCAUGGUAACUGGUUCUACCGGCCCAACGAGACGUUCCACCUCGCAAGUCGCAAGUUCCUGGAGAAGGAGGUGUUUAAGAGUGACUUCUACACCAGUAUUCCUAUCUCACAAGUCCUUGGCAAGUGUUACGUGAUGUACGUCAAAGAUUACUUCAAGUCCAAACCAGAGGGGUUUGAGGACAAAGAUGUCUAUGUCUGUGAAUCCAGAUACAGCAAUCGCCACAAAUCCUUCAAGAAAAUCAAGGUGUGGCAGAUCCCGGGCAGGGAGCAGGUGCCCCUUUUGCCCCGGGAGAUCCCCCUAGUCCCGGUGCGAGUGUCCUCAGUGUUCGCCAGUCGCAAGGAGGAGGAGGUGGAUGAUGGGGACACCAGUAUACUGGACAAAGAGAGAAUGGAUGUCCCUCUAGAAAAUCCCAACCCAGAUGAUGGCUACAUUUACUAUGAACAACUGAAAACUUCAUACGGAACCUUUAAAAUAGGUGACACAGUUUAUCUGAAAAACAGCACAGAGGUUCCAGAAAUCAGCCGAGUGGAGAAAAUCUUUGUUAUCAACAAUGAUGUCUACUUCACGGGUACGGCCUUUGUCCGCCCGGCUGACAUCCCUCACUCCCCAACGCGUCUCUUCUACCGGCGGGAACUGUUCCUCAGCUCUCAGGAGACGGUCCAUCCGAUCUCCCGGAUAUCAGGCCGGUGCUGUGUGCUACACCUCAAGGAAUACUGCUGCAGUCGAGUGACUGAAAUCUCAGAGGAAGACACAUUUCUCUGUGAGUCUAAAGUACAGGAGGCUGAUCGAACAGUGAAACGACUCGGGAAGGGACUCAAGAAGUACAACCUGUCUGGCUUGGUGACAGAUGAUGAGAUCUUCUUCUACAAGAAGCCCAUCACCCCACAGAAGGAACCGUCCCCAUUACUGAUGAAGGCGGCCGACGAUACGUUCAUGGACGACUCCCAGGAUUCCACAUUGAUGGACACAUUGGAUGACACCAACAUGUCAUUCGACAUGGAGGCCAGCCACCAGGGGUUCCCAGAAAUCCCCACCCCAAAGCCCACCAAAAAGGGAAAGAAUUCAAUGAAGCGACAGAUAAGUGGCUACAUUGUUUACUCCGGGGAAAUCCGGAAGAUAAUUCAGCAGGAGAAUCCGGAGUGUACAUUUGGAGAAAUCAGCCGCAUUGUCGGGGGCAAGUGGAGAAAUUUAAACAAAGAAGAUAAGGAGAAGUAUGAGGAGAGGGCCAAGAGGAUAGCCGAGGAGCAGUUAGCCAAGCAACAGGAGGCCACCAAGGCCAUGAACGAUUCCCUGCAAGGGCAGUGGGACAGCUCCGGGGGUAAGGGAUCCCCCGCACCCUCCAACAGACCAGGCACCCCUGGUGGCAUGCAGGGACAGUACCAAGGUCACAUGGUACAAGGACUGCACAAUGGGGUGCCUCGACUCCCCCCACACAGUGGGAUGUCGCCGGGGCGACAGUACAUGCCUCCGUAUCACGGCACCCCCACAGGAAUGAGGCCGAUGACGGGAGGAUACCCCAACACUCCGCCAAACAGCAUGCUGCCCGGUCACCUAGCGGGCACCCCUCAGGGUGGUAUGUCUCCCUACAGCCUGACACCCCAUCCCCCUGGCCAGGGGGGAGGGGCUGUCCCUCCUAACAUGUGCUAUAGCAUCUCACCUCCCUCUCUCUCUGCUUCUGGACUGUCAGCACUACAGGAAAUGCUUCGUCGGCCAUUUAAUUCUCCGUCGCCGGGGGCAACUGUCUCGGUAACAACGGCCGAGUUCUACCCCACUGUAGAGACAGGACAACAGAUGGCGCCCCCACCCCCUCCCCCACCCCCACCCAGACCCCCCUCCCCAAUGUUUGUCAGCGUCCCUCCCCGGACCCAGAGACUGCUGCACUCAGAGGCCUAUCUCAGAUAUAUUGAGGGUCUGAGGGCAGACAAACCUUUCAUCAGUGACUGGGACAAAAACCUGACUGCCAACGCAGAGAACACGAGCACCGACCCAAAUCGUCUCCCUGCUCAUUGGCUGGCCGAGGGACCAGGUUACCAUGGGAACACCUCCAACGCUCUGUGGGCAUUACGUGACCUCAUGCUGAAAGACACUCUGAAUAUCUCUAGAACAUUAUCAUUUGAGGCAUUAUGCUCGGGAGGAGACUGUUCAUGGAUCUGUAUAUUUUGUACCUUCUACAUCAUGAACACGGCAAGCUCCACAUAUAGAAUACAUAAGUGUUCUAAGUGUCCGGGGGACACAGGGUACCAUUGUGUAUCGUGUCCAUGUGAUCUGUGUCCCCAGUGUAAAGAGAACCAUGUAAAAGAUCUCAACACAAUAGACCAUGAUGUUGUGUCACACCGUGAUAAAAUCAACUACAUCCCAACAGAAGAAAUCUGUGUGGGACAUCCUAGCAAAGUUUAUGUAAAUUACUGUGAACCUUGUAAACUCCCUGUCUGUUUCCACUGCAGAAAACAUAGAAAUCACAGACAAGUAGAUGUUAACAGAGCAUAUAAAACAAAGCGAGAACAACACAGAGGAACCAUUCACACCAUUAGAAGUGAGGCUCUCUUUUACAGACCGGUUCUCCUUACGGGAAUCGAAGCUGAUUUCAAAACCUGUCGCACAGAAUUCUCCCUCUAUCAAUCAGAGAUGUUAACAAAGGCUAAGACACUGAAGAAUCUAAUAAAUAGAGUGACAAAAAAUUUCAUGUACAAUGUGUUUUGUGACUUUAAUUUCAAACACAGAUGUUUAAAACAGAAGAUAGAAAUGAGCAGACAUAUCAACAGCCUACAGAGAUAUAUACACAGAUUCGAACAGCCAGAAUUCACAUUUAGUGCACUUCAAUUCCUUUCAUCCAUUAAGAAAGCCCUCACCGAGAUUCAUCUCAUGCUCCACACCAGCCAGCUCUCCAUGACUGAGUCACUUAAAAAAGAGGAUGUGAUGGAGGCACUGAGUGCAAUCCAAAUCAAAGAGAAAGGAACCCGACGCGUAGGAAACCAGUGUCUGCUGAAACUGAUGUCUAGUGCUGAGUUUCAUCAAUCUCUCACUGUGACAGGUGUUGAUUGUUCUUAUCACAUUUCCUGUGUGACAUCAGACCGGGUCUGGGUCAGUGAUAGAAACAAUCUCAUCUUGACAAACACAAAAGGUGUGUGUCUUCAUUGUGUGGAGGGUGACUUAUUUAGUGAUAGUGGAUUACACACAGUGACCAAUGAGAGUGAACUAAUUUAUAUAGAUUGGAAUGAUGACAUCAACAAACUUGCAAAGGACAUAAACACGACCAAAACAUUUAUAGAGAAAACAGACUCUACUUGGGAACCACGGUGUGUGCACUGGUCCCCGUCCACUGGGGAUCUACUGGUCGGGAUGUCUAGAAAGGAACCAAAAGAAAAAGAGGAUAAAGAAGAUAGAGACAAUACAGCGGAUACAGAGAUCAUAACAACAUGGACAGGGAAGGUAACCCGGUACGACCAGAGUGGACAACUGACACAAACUAUUCAAUACGACAACACAGGACGGAAAUUGUAUAGAGAUCCUCUCUAUAUAACAGAGAACAAUAAUGGGGAUGUCGUGGUGUCUGACUAUAAAGCUGUAGUGGUGACAGAGCGUGGAGGAAGACAUCUUUUCUCUUACACAGGACAUCCAUCAGGAUCCAAACUAUGGCCACAUGGGAUCUGUACUGAUCCGCUGUCACACAUCCUGGUGUGUGAUGAUUGGACCAACGCAGUACAGAUGUUAGACCAGGACGGUCAGUUCCUGUCAUAUCUACUGAUAAGACCUUCAGGGAUAUUCUAUCCACGUAGCCUGAGUUAUGAUGUCAACACUCACCGUCUCUGGGUCGGAUCACUGUACAACAACACGGUGGUUAUAUACAGGUAUAUCACCAGACAGCUUGCUCUGACAGCCACUGCUGAUGUGACAGAGUCACUAAAUGAAAUCCCAACCACAGGGACAGAAAAACCACAGCAAGUAAACGAGUGUCUGCUUAAAAUGAUGUCCCCUCCUGAGUUACUUCACUCUCUCACAGUAACAGGUGUUGAUGGUUGUUUACACAUUUCCUGUGUGACAUCAGACCGGGUCUGGGUCAAUGGUGGUAGGAAAAAACUCAUCUUGACAGACACAACUAGUGUCCCUCUACAUCGUGUGGAGGGUUCACGUAGUUAUAUAUGUAAAGGAUCACAUACAGUGAACAGUGAGAAUGAACUGAUUUAUAUAGAUAGGAAAUAUAACAUCAACAAACUGUCAAAGGACAUGAAAACAACCACCACAUUUAUAGAGAGAACAGACUCUGCAUGGGAACCACGGUGUAUGCACUGGUCCCCGUCCACUGGGGAUCUACUGGUCGUGAUGUGUAGAGAGGAUUUCAAAGAAGAAGAGGAUUAUGAAGAUACAAAAGAUACAGACGUUACAGAAGAUAUAGAAAAUACAGCCGAUGCAGCCAAUACAGAAGAUACAGACGAUAUAGAAAAUAUAGAAGAAACAGAAGAAAUAGAAGAUGUAGAAGAUACAGAAGAUACAGAAGAUAUAGAAGAUGUAGAAGGUAUAGAAGAUACAGAAGAUACAGACGAUACAGACGAUUCAGACGAUACAGAAGAUAUAGAAGAUACAGAAGAUAUAGAAGAUGUAGAAGAUAUAGGAGAUACAGAAGAUACAGACGUUACAGAAGAUAUAGACGAAAUAGAAGAUAUAGAAGAUACAGAAGAUGUAGAAGAAAUAGAAGAUGCAGAAGAUAUAAAAGAUACAGCCGAUACAGACGAUACAGAAGAUAUAGAAGAUACAGAAGAUACAGACGAUACAGAAUUUAUAACAACAUCGACAGGGAAGGUAACCCGGUACGACCAGAGUGGACGACUGACACAAACUAUUCAAUACGACAACACAGGACGGGAGCUGUAUACUGAACCUAACUAUAUAACAGAAAACAACAAUGGGGAUGUCGUGGUGUCAGACUGUUAUUAUACCAGGUCUGGUGCCAUAUUAGUGACAGAGCGUGGAGGAAGACAUCGUUUUUCCUACACUGGACAUCCAUCAGGAUCAGGACUUGAGCCACGUGGAAUCUGUACUGACCCGCUGUCACACAUCCUGGUGUAUGAUGCUAAAACCGAUAAAGUACACAUCUUAGACAAGGACGGUCAGUUCCUGUCACAUCUUCUGAUAAACCCAUUAGGGAAAUUCGGACCAUGCAGCCUGAGUUAUGAUGUCAACACUCACCAUCUCUGGGUCGGAUCACGGUACAACAGUAGUACGGUGCUUAUAUACAGGUAUAUCACCAGACAGGACACUCUUACAGAUGAGCACACACCCCGACCUGAUGGAGACGCCUUGAUUACUAUAUAUACUCGUAUACACGGUGGCUUGUCAAGAGCUCUAGAAGUAUAAUGGAGAUAGCUUGGAUAUUGACAGGUUGUAAAUGUUUCUGUACAAAUCGUUGUAGAGACUCAUUUAGUAUAUAUGAUUGAACCAGGUUAGAUAUGCAGGAGUUGUCGAAAGAUGAUAAACAUGUUAUAUUAGGUAAUAAGUUAAAUGCUAAAACUGGAACAGUUGUCGAUUUUUACGAUAUCUAAUACGAAAGAAAAGACCUAUUUAGUGAAUUUUUGAAACAAUGGAAACCGAACCAACAUUUACAUACAACGAUCGUCUAAGAAACAAUGAGGACAAACUACAGAAUACAUAUGGAAAACUUCUAAUAGAAUUAUGUAAAUUGGCGUAUUGGUGACAAUUUAACCGGAAAAAUCACAAGCCAAAACUCUAGUGUAGUAGAUUAUUUUCUUUGUGAUUGCUCUAUUUACAAAUAUAUGUCAGAUAUGCUAGUAUUUGAUCAAAGCAGCCUAUUUUCUGACGUCCAUACACCUAUUGUAAUGUACUAAAUUUUACUAAAAAGACAAGCCAAGAUUUUUAAAAAAAUUAACAGUUGACUGUGUUAAAAAAAUUAAAUCAUGGAAUUCCUCUAAUGUACAAUUGUAUAUACAAUCUAUUGAUGGUGACCAAUACAACCAAAUACUGGCACUGUUAGAGAACUGUAAUUUAGACAAUGCCACUGGGGAUGUAAUUAAUGAAAUUGUCGAAAAUUUAAAUAAGAUAUACAUAUGGGUGUUAGAAAAAAUGACCAAGAAAAUCAAACACCAAACAGACGUUAUGAUUCUAAGCCCUGUUGUACAAAUGUAUGCCACAUAGCUCGUGCUUAAUAUAGUAAUAGUAAACUUAUUUCUUUAGAAAACGUACCAACAAUUCCUACAACAAAUAUAAAGAUAAUGAAAAAAUAUAUA